CUCUUACCGCUUUACAGCCUGCACGUUAACAGCACUCCCACUUUUUGCCUCGCUAUAAAAUAAUAAUGGAUGAUUUAGAUUUUUACGACAUCCUCGAGUGUGCCCCACACUCCUCGCUUGCUGACAUCCAUACACAGUACUACAAGCUGGCCAAACGACACCAUCCGGACAAGACCGAGAAAUCCGCGCUCUGGGAGAAGAUCCGCGCAGCCCACGAGGUUCUAGGCGACGAAAAGCAGCGCGCGCUGUACGACCGCUGGCGCGCCAGCAGGGUGCCGGUGCCGUUUGAGAAAUACAGACAGACGGCGCAGGCACAUGCGGUGCACUGGAGCUUCAGUGGCCAGCGCGCAAUCUCCGAUAGCAGCGCCCGCCAGUGGUGGGAGUGGCGCGAGCAGGGGAACCGCGUGCCGGAUCUGUAUGAGCGGUUCCGCAACUACGAGAUAUGAGGUUUGCGUUGCCCGUAAUAGCUUUACUGGGCGGCGGUCUGCGGAUAAUUUUUGCGUGUGAAUAGUAGUUAUUUAGGAGGCGUAAUGCUAAAUUCCACUCAGUAUGCCACUUUCGUUUGAUCAGAUACUCGAGGACUUGAAGGGAGGCGAGCCCGAUAUGAAGAGCAUCAGGGAGCUCGGUGCUAGACAUGUGGAGGCGGUGGGCAAGGAAGUGCUCGCGGGCCCGGCGCUCAGCACUGCAUGCAUGCAGAACCUCGAUGCGCUGGUCACUACCGUCCACCAGGUCCGGGCCUCCCACCCACAGGUGCAGGAUGCACAGGCGCGGAUCGGCGACAUACUGGCCGACGCCCAAGAGCUCAGCUACCAUAUCUCCGAGUGAAUGAAAAUAAAUAUUAUCUCAAUGGUCUAAG